AUGGAAACACUAGUAGAAGAUGGAUGCAGCCAUUUCACUCAAAAAGAUAAACAUAAGCAGGAAUAUCUUGACUUUUCCGAUGAUUUUGUCUUUUCUUCAACAUGUCAUCAUUUUUCACCGAAUCACAAAGAAGGGUAUCUAGAAAAACGGUUUUCGAAUUCUUGGUGUGGCUAUUCAAAAAGAUGGUUUCUUCUAAAAAAUAAAAAAUUAUACUAUUUUAAGAGCAAGGAGAGUUUAAGGCCAUCAGGCGUUCUUGAUCUGGAACUAAUUCAUAUGGACAUUAAUUAUGAACAUGGAUUAAAGCGGAAAAGAAGUGGUGAAGACUGCUUUUUAUGUUGUAUCGAAUCGAGGAUGUAUAAGAAUGACAAUAAAAAUGAAUCACUCCUAAUUCUGACUCCCAAAAACACGGAUGUUAAAUUUUAUUUAAGGGGUGAAGACUCAGAGAUAUACGAGUGGUAUAAUUUGAUAGUCAGUUCUAUUAAUAACAAUAGAAUUAUACGUCAACCUAAAUUUAUAUUUUUAGAAAAUAAUUUCUGGAAAAUUGACAGAAUAUCAGUUGACGUUUUUGAAUCCAUUGCAGAUACUGGUGAUAUAGUCUUAUUUAGAUCAAAGGUUACUACUGCUAAGCUCCAGAGAAUGAUAACUAGGGGUGAGUAUGAUCACAUUGGUAUGAUUCUGAGAAAUGAAAAAAAUGGCUUAUUUCUUCUAGAGGCCUUAUCGAAUAUGGGGAUCGUCCUAACACCAUGGGAACUUUUUAGAAAGAACAGAUGGAACGAAGAAUAUACCAGAAUUGCCCUGAGACGCUUAACAUGGGAUAACUCCGAAAAGAAUCUUAAAAAUUUAUUAGACUUUUUAAAGAAUACCAUAGGGAAAAAAUAUAACCUUAAGAUAAUUAAUUUUUUGGCCCCUAAAUCUGAUGACACUGGUUAUUUUUGCUCUGAAUUAAUAGGAGAAUGUUGGAAGAUAAUGGGCGUAAUUCCUGUAAACAUUACAUGUUCUCAUAUUUGGCCGAGCAAUUUUUCUGAAAAAUUCGAAGAAAAAAUAAAGUUACAGGAAGGCUGUCAGUUAAAUAAUGAACUGUGUAUAGAUUUUACCUUAUGA